GAACCACUUUUGUCCGCAUCUUUCUUCUCCGUUAGCUUCUAAAUACAAUUCCUUUACAUUUCAAAGCCACUCCCUCUUUUUGGGACCAAGUAUGGAGCUUUGAUCAAUCUAACUGACCCUUCUGAAUCUGAGCUGACACCCUAUUCAGUUCUUCACACCCUGACUUUCCGGAUUCGGACAAACCAACAUGGAGGAAACCCAAGAAAUUGCACUGACCCAGAUGAAGGCAUCAGUUCAGAAGCUUGGGUCCUCCACUGAGAAGUGUGGAGACCCAACACUGAUGAGGUUCUUGAUUGCGAGAUCGAUGGACCCAGAGAAGGCAGCAAAGAUGUUUGUGCAGUGGCGGAAAUGGAGGGCUUCAUUUGUUCCCAAUGGGUUCAUUUCGGAAUCCGAAGUCGAGGAUCAAUUGGCAGACAGAAAGAUUUUCUUGCAGGAUUUAUCUAAUGGAUGUCCUGUGAUGAUUGUUAAAGCAAGCAAGCAUUAUCCUGCCAAAGAUCAGCUCCAAUUCAAGAAAUUUGUGGUUUUCCUGCUUGACAAAGUUAUUGCAAGCUCUUACAGAGGAAGAGAAAUCGGAAACGAAAAGUUGAUUGGCAUUCUUGAUUUGCAACAACUUACCUAUAAAAAUGUAGAUGCACGUGGAUUAAUCACCGGAUUUCAAUUUCUACAGGCUUACUACCCUGAAAGAUUAGCAAAGCUAUUCAUUCUUCACAUGCCACGCUUUUUUCUAAGUGUCUGGAGGAUGGUUUCUCGCUUCCUUGAGAAGGCAACUGCAGAAAAGAUUGUAAUAGUGAGCAAUGAGGAUGAAAAGAGAGACUUCAUAAUGGAAAUAGGUGAGGAAAUUGUUCCAGAAGAGUAUGGUGGUCGAGCAAAGCUUGUAGCUAUUCAAGACGUUGAACUGACUCCAGUAGAGGAUUGAUUGUACAGAUAAAAUUGAGGUUGGGGCUCCGAUACCACAUCCCCAACGGCAGCCCUGUCUGCCAAGCUUAUAUGGUUUACCAGUUGUGAAGGUUAACGACUAGCUGCCAGUUUCAUCCUGCUUGAUAAUAUGAACUACUUGAGCAGUAGUAUGUAUCCAUGAGAUAAUUCUGCUUCUACAGAAUGAUGGAUCAAUUCAAGCUAGCUGAUUACUUCUCUCGUUAUCAUCCUAUAAGCCCGAGUAAAAAUUCAAACUUUGUGAUUUUAUAUAUGUGACGUAGUGUUGAUCCACAUAAUAUACUUGUUAUACUUGUGCAUUA